UGCUUCGCAAAUAACAAAACACAUUGGCCUUUAGCUUGGGAGUGAAAAAAACCGCUUAAAAAAGAGAGAAUUCGAGUAUUAGUUCGUAGGAUCGGGGUUCGUUGAUGAAAUAAAAGUUAACGAACUUUUGCAACUGUUGAAUAAACGCCUAUUUAAGGGGUUGAGGAGCGAGGAGGUGCGAGUGGCGACGAUUCGAUUGCACGCAGUGAAAUUUUCCGGAACAUUAGAUUACCGCGAAUGGAAAAACCCGAGUCUUCGAUGGGUGUCGACAGCGCCGUCGAUCUCGAGGAUCGAGAUCCGAAUAAUCUCAAUCAGCAUCUACAGGUAAUGUGGGACGACGUGAUCGGCGAACCCGAAGGGAUUCGAAGCCCCGAAUGUGCUUGGCGAUUAAGCGGUCAUUGCUUUCGUUUGUCCAGGGGCUGUUGCUACAUUUUUCUUUCGGUUCUCGUCGCACCGAUCGUCGCACUUUUUUUGGGCUGCAGUUUCGCCUGCCUCUCGUUUCAACAUAUUUGGUGCCUCGCUCCGUGUUUACGAGUCUGGAAAAUCAGUUGUGCCGCAACAAGGACUUUCUUCACUGCCUGCACUCACGCUCUGGUCCGACCAUGCACGGAAUCUCUGGGCUAUUUAUUCUACAACGUGAGAGUCUUCAAUCAACAAAUGCCGGACGGCCCUGCUCUUAAGGAGGACGCUCUGAUAGUUUGAAGACGCGGAAAUUCAUUUUUCCCAUCGAAACGUCAAUACUUUUGUAUGAAAAGAUUUUCCACGUUUUUCCUGGUCAUCCGAAACGCUAAAAUUAUGCCUGAAUCUAUUUAACAUUUUUACCAUAUUUAUCGAACUUUACCGUACCGAUUGAUUUCUUUACGGACAUUUUGUACGCGACCAACAAAUCAGGCGAUUUGACGCUCAUCAGCGACCCCAAGAAGUUGGUGGCGCACGUGGUUUUUGCUCGAAACACACGAAAUCUUAUCGCGAUCAGAGAGUUCGACGACUGCGAACAGAAGUUUUUUGGGGGGUAGUUCAGAGCAUCCGAGAGUCGAUUCGAUGAAACCAUUACCGCUUGUGCGUUAACACAUAAAUUAUUCCGUAAGUUCCAAGUCCCGAAAGUAACACGGUGGUCAAUUUUCCCCGUGCCCUGUAAACGCGCAAACGAGGGAUCGAUAAUGGCGAGGGAAUGCGCGAGUUGAAUCACCCGCUCUAGGGGAGCACACGAUCCCAAACUUUCUUGAUUCUUACGAUUUAAGGUUCGUUAUAAAAUGCUCAAGAAAAAAUCUGCUCGAGCCUACAUUUCUUGAAAAUUCGUAGAGAACAAUUUCUUUUACCCACAUCCAAAGAGGAUCGUGAUUGUAUGGAAAAAAACGAUUUUUUUCUCGAUCUGAUCUUAGUGAGAAAAUGAAAAAAAAACUCACUAAAUUCUCAUACGAAUUUGCAACGUAGAUGUGGCUUUUUGAAUAUUCGUUGGAUAUUUUUACGUACUUGGGAGAUCGAGCGUUAAGGAAUUGACGCGUGAAUUAACUGUUUUUACGGAGUUGAGUUUUAAUCUAAUUGGAAAUAUUGAGUGCAAUAUAUCGUGUGAUCGUGUGGGUGGAAGGUGUGAAGUUUGGUCAGAAGAACGAGGGAGUAUGCGAGUGUGCAGAAUUCCUAAAGACUAGGGCAGUUUUUAUAUAUAUUUGUGUAUAAAAAUUGUGCUAAAAUGAAAUUUCUAGCUCGCUGCGAACCAAUUUUUUAAUGUCAGAUCCGAUUUUCCAGUUUUGCUUUCAAUAAAAUAGUCAAAA